AUGGAUUAUAAAAUUCGUUUGCAAGCUUCAAUUGAUUGCAUCAGACAUUGUGUACGCCAAGGGCAAGCACUUCGUGGACAUGAUGAAUCAGAGUGUUCAAAGAAUAGAGGAAAUUUUAUUGAACUUCUGAAAUUUCAUGCUCGUGGUAGAGAAGAUGUGGAACGUGUUGUGUUGAGAAAUGCUCCCAAGAACCUUCAAAUGACUUCUCCAGACCUACAAAAGGAUAUUGUACAUGCAAUUGCAACUGAAGUAACCAAGCAAAUCAUAUGCGACAUUGGUGAUGAUGUUUUUUCUAUUUUGGUGGAUGAAGCUCGUGAUACAUCAAUCAAAGAGAAAAUGGCUAUUGUGUUGCGAUAUGUAAAUGAAGAAGGAUAUGUGAUGGAGAGGUUUCUUGGGAAUGCUCAUGUUGCAGAUACAAAAUCAUUGACUCUUAAGAUGGAAAUUGAAUCAAUGCUUGUGACAAAUGGGUUGAGCUUGUCAAAAAUAAGAGGACACGGCUAUGAUGGGGCAAGAAAUAUGAGUGGGGAAUCAAUGGACUCAAGACUUUGA